UUAACCCCCUUUAAAGAAACAAUUUAUAUAUUUUGCAGGUGCUGUAACUCCUUCAGUUAACCUCAGACAAGCAACAUGUCCAUUUUAAAGGUCCACGCUCGUGAAAUCUUGGACUCACGUGGGAAUCCCACUGUUGAGGUCGACCUGUACACCAGCAAAGGUCUCUUCAGAGCCGCGGUUCCCAGCGGUGCUUCCACCGGAAUCUACGAAGCUUUGGAACUGCGGGACAAUGACAAGACACGCUUCCUGGGCAAAGGUGUCUCCCGAGCUGUUAAAUAUGUAAACGAAUUCCUGGCACCAGCAUUGUGUACUCAGAACAUAAGCGUCAUAGAGCAGGAGAAGAUUGACAAGCUGAUGCUGGAGAUGGAUGGGUCAGAGAACAAGUCCAAGUUUGGUGCUAAUGCCAUUCUGGGUGUCUCCUUGGCCGUCUGCAAAGCUGGUGCUGCAGAGAAGGGCGUCCCCCUGUACCGCCACAUUGCUGACUUGGCUGGGAACCAGGAAGUCAUUCUGCCAGUCCCUGCCUUCAACGUCAUCAACGGGGGCUCCCACGCUGGGAACAAGCUGGCCAUGCAGGAGUUCAUGAUCCUCCCUGUGGGGGCCGAGAACUUCAAGGAGGCCAUGCGCAUCGGUGCCGAGGUGUACCACAACCUGAAGAAUGUGAUCAAGGAGAAGUACGGGAAGGAUGCCACCAACGUGGGCGAUGAAGGUGGUUUUGCUCCCAACAUCUUGGAGAACAAGGAAGCUCUGGAGCUGCUCAAGCUGGCCAUCAGCAAGGCUGGGUACACUGACAAGAUAGUGAUUGGGAUGGAUGUGGCAGCUUCCGAAUUCUAUCGUGACGGCAAGUACGACCUGGACUUCAAGUCCCCCGAUGAUGCCAGCAGAUACAUCACUCCUGACCAGCUGGCUGAUAUCUACAAAGGCUUUGUCAAGAGCUACCCAGUGGUUUCCAUCGAAGACCCCUUUGACCAGGACGACUGGAACUCUUGGAAGAAGUUCACGGCCUGCGUGGGCAUCCAAGUGGUUGGGGACGAUCUGACGGUGACCAACCCCAAGCGCAUCGCCAAAGCCGUGGAAGAGAAGUCUUGCAAUUGCCUGCUGCUCAAAGUGAACCAGAUCGGUUCCGUCACGGAGGCUCUCCAGGCCUGCAAGCUUGCCCAAUCCAACGGCUGGGGCGUGAUGGUGAGUCAUCGCUCCGGAGAGACCGAAGACACCUUCAUUGCAGACCUGGUGGUUGGACUCUGCACUGGGCAGAUCAAGACUGGUGCGCCUUGCCGAUCUGAGCGUCUAGCCAAAUACAACCAGCUUCUGAGGAUUGAAGAGGAACUGGGGAGCAAGGCCCGUUUUGCCGGCAGGAACUUCAGGAACCCCCGUGUCAACUAAUGCUCUCAGAUGAGGCACCCCUCCCCCCUUCAGCGGUUGCAGUUGAAAGCACUAGUCACCUAAUUAGAGACGCCCCCCCCACCGCUAGACAAGAAGGGCAGCGGAUGGAUCGAGACCCAUUUGCAGGUCCCCUCGCUAGUUGACAACUUGGUGCCUGUCUUCCUCACCUCUCCCCCCCCCCCCACCGCUCCUUUCGAGUUCCACCCUGCGGCUUUUCAAAGCGCUUGGCUGCUUUGUGGUUUUGCGGACAGACCCAGCUCUCUCGCCCCCAUCGCGCCGCCCCUGCAGAGGGUUUCAUGAUGGUACCCAGGAGGAGGGAGAGAAUCCCAGGUGUUGCUGGACCACAGCUCUGUAAGGCUGCUACCCUCUUUCUCCCAUGCCUGAGGGGAGGGGGGCACUCUCCUUCUCCCCCCCCCUCCCCCGUUAGUGUGUGAGGCCCUGUCACUUGCAGUGCAGCCUGAGGUACCUGCAGACCGAAAACAUUAGUUCUCAUGUGAGGUAAAUAAAAAAAAAGAGAAA